GCACUGGAGAUUCCUUUUGUGCCAGUCGGAGCAGCCGACAUCAAUGAUCGCUUCCGUGCAUACGUGCGGUGCACCGUGCGCGAGCCAGUCAGUCAUUUUCAUGCAAGUAUGGAGGAUCAGGUGAGUGGGGUGUGUUGCACACUUCAUCGUGGGCAGGCUGGCUGUAUAGGCGAGCCAGCUGGUGUAGUAGAUAUUGCAGUGGCAGGCAGCCCGUGCCCACCUUUCAGCAUGCAGCGUUCCAAGCGGUACUUGGAUGGGAGUGUGGAGCAGCAUCCACUUUACUAUGUCACAGAUGACAUCCUUCCCAGAUGGCUAGUGCGCUUCGAACCGAAAUUCGCUGUUUUGGAGCAGGUUAUGGGGUUUGACCGGCCCACAGAAGCUGGACAAUCGGUGACUCCGUUGCAGAGGUUCUUGAAUCGGCUGACGCAGCUGAGCUUUCAGAAGGGCGGCUACUGGCACACCGUCUACCCGCUGGACAACUGCUGGUGGAACAGAAUGUUCGGCCGCGGCUGGGGCGGCCGCGCGGAAGCGUGGCUUUACAUGCUUUUCUACUCCAAGCAGGGGCACCGCCUCAGAGGGGACCGGGCCCCGCGGCAGGAAGCUGUAGAGGACGAGGAUGCUGGGCUGUAUGCCAUGGAGCACCGGGUCUGUGUGUCAAAGCUGGACGCUUGGUCGGCUAAUGCAAGACAGCCAUCGGCAGCGGAUGGCAUUUACAGUCAGCUUCUCAGCCCGAGCAAGACCAUUAAUAUGAGCUUCUCGGCUUUGCGUGACUGCACGGGGCAAUCCCGACAGACGGUGACUAGAUCUGUGGAACGUUCAGCUGCUGCUUUGCAGAUUGCUUCUGAUUUAGCCUGGGGAAGCCUCUUGAGUGGUGUAGCCGAGACACUGGGGACAUCGGCCAACGUUCGGGGCAAGCUCUUUCUAACGCAUUGCCGCGACGAUGAAACUCCUUCCAAGAUCCGUGUGGACAAUCAAGGCAACGUCGUUGGCAAUGCGGCUGCCGGUCUUGCGGACCCGAAUUCCACAGUGGACAGUUGCGUGGCAAAGGUGUUUCAGAUCGAGUUCGGCCUCACCAUGGUUUUCCAGAGGCUGGAUAACAGUGCCGUUUGCGUGCUUACUGGGUCCAUGUCACGAAUGCUGGCCGUGGCAGAAACCACAUCUGCAGCCAACAUCCAGAAAGUGCUUGAAGCUCGCUGUGAUCUACCGCAUCUGCAGAAAGCAGCUCGCCACUUCCCAUGGCGUGUCCGCUGUGUUUGUACAGACAGAUACGCAGCAAACUUUGCUGCUGAGGAGAAGAUGCAGGCGAAGGCACGCUUGCAGCAUGUGCCCUACACGAGGGACCACACGGCUUGCGAGAUGCAUAUGGUCGCUACGGCACAGAGCAAAGCUUUCUCUCUUCCAGAGCUUGACGUGCUGGUGAAAGGAUUGAUUGCGUGUGGUCUGACGAUGACAGGAUCCCGUGCCAAGCAGAAGCUGCGGAACUGUCUAUUCCAGGUCUUCGAGGAUCAGUUAGCUCUUUCGCCUGGUGAUGCUCCUGGCGGCAGCAUUGCUGUAUUCCGGGAGGCCCUCUACGAACA